AUGGCAGCCCUUCCAUGUGCUGCCGUAUUCUGUGACUUCACUAGAGGCUCUAUUAGCCACCUGAACUCUCCCGUGCCCUCGGUACCCCCGUGCCCAGUCCCCAUCGCCCUGGAGAGCCACUGCCCACACUCUGGGCCUACAGAAGGGGACUGCUGUGGGAGCUGCCCCCUUCCGUCUGUGCCACCCAUCACCAUGCCCACCGUACCAACUGUGGACCUCUGUCAUGAUGCCUGUCCCCCCACAGACAGAAUGGAGGUGCUAGGAGCUCAGGACCCUGCCAUGGAAGAGAUUCCACUGCAGAAAAAAGGGGACAGGUUACCUUUCCAGAUCUUCCCUGACCCAGUGGAGGUGGUGUUGGGGCCAGAGGGCACACUAAACUGUGUGGAGCAGGAGAAGGAGCGGCUCCCCUCCAUAGUGGUGGAGCCCACUGAAGUCAGUGAAGUGGAGAGUGGAGAGUUGCGCUGGCCUCCAGAGAACAUGGACUUCGAGGAGGAUGAGGACCUGUUCCUGGAGCAGUGCAUUCCACCAGCCAACAUUGCUGACUGGGGUGAGGAAGAAGAAGAGGAGGAGGAAGAGACCUCAGUUAUCAUCAACAACCAAUCAUCUCUGCUAGAUCUUCAGUCAGAUGACUUCAGAGAUGACACCCCAACACUACCUCCAGAGAGUGCGUCUGCUCUAAACUAA